AUGUUCAAGGCAGCAGUAUUACUUUCUCAACAAUAUAAUAUAACAACUGAAGGACAAUUCAUAGGAUGGCAAGCAGCACAAACUGGUGGCAAUGUAACAGAGGCUCUUAGUAAAACAUGUCAAUCAGUGUCUACUUCAAAUAUUGUCGGCAUUAUAGGUCCAGCAUUUUCCAGAGAAGCACAUAUCAUUGCUGGAUUUGCUGAAAGAAUUGGUAUACCUGUUAUAUCUUAUGCUGCAACUGAUCCUGAUUUAUCUGAUCGAAAUGCUUAUCUUUCUUUUUAUCGUACCGUUUCCUCAGAUAAUACAGCUGCAUCAGCUAUUGUCAAAUUGUUUAUUCGAUUUAAUUGGACAUCAUCGAUAAUAAUAUAUCAAAAUGAUGCAUUUGGAUCUGGUGGAGCUAAAGUGAUAAAUGAAGCAUUUAUUCGAAAUGGUGUAACAGUCAGAGAAAUGAUUAUAUUUGAUAUUGUUACACGUCGUAUUCGAGGUGAUUUGAAAAACUCUUUAACUAAUAGUGCAACUCGAAUUGUUGUGCUAUGGAUUCAAUCAACUUAUAUGUCUUUAGUUUUACAAAAUGCUCUUGAUUCUGAUGUAGUUGGUCCACAAUUUAUAUGGAUAUUAAGCUCUAGUGUUCCAUUAAAUUCUUUUAAUCAAACAUUUUAUCAAAAACUAAUUGGAAUGCUUACUAUUGAACCUGUUACAGGAACAAUUGUUGAUACAUCAAUUAACUCAACAUUGUUAAACGCAGCAUAUAAUAUAUGGAAAACGUAUGAACCAGAAACAUUUCCUGUAUCGAUGAAUGUGAAUUAUUAUUCAUUAUUUGCAUUUGAUGCAACAUGGUCGUUGAUCAAAUCAUUAGAACAAUUUUGUUCAACACCUCUAAAUAGUUCUUCCUCAUGUACAUCAUUUACUGGUUCUUCAUUCUGUUUUGAUCGUCGUAUUAUUUAUUCUGAUUUGUUAUUGAAAUCAGUUAGUAGAACAGAAUUUCUUGGUAUAUCAGGUCCUAUACGAUUUAGUGUUAAUGUAACAGAUCGAAUUAAUGGUUCAUUUUAUUAUGCACAAAAUGCUCAACCUUCCUCAAAUGGUGUGAAUUUUGUACCAGUAUUAAAAUAUGCUGAUUCUGAUGGUUGGAAAACGUAUACAGAAUCCGAUGUUAUUGUCUGGCCAGGUAAUUCAUUAGUACUACCAACUGAUCGAGCAAUACUCAAAGGUGUAAGCUUACGAAUUGGUGUGAUUGAAUCACCUCCAUUUAUAAUGGUUACAAAUUUUAUCAAUGGAUCUGGACAGAAUAUAACAAAGUUAACCGGCUAUGUACCUGAUCUGAUUGAACUUUUACGAAAUAAAAUGGAAUUUAUUCCAAUUAUUGAAUUAGCACCAUCAAAUCAAACCUAUUCAGGAUUAAUUCAAGCAGUAGAAAAUGGUGUUUAUGAUAUAGUGAUAGGUGAUAUAACAGUUACCGCAAUACGAAGAGAACGAGUUGGUUUUUCGACUGCAAUAUUUGAUAAUUAUUUACGUAUUAUUAUGCGAAAAACAUCCGAUGUUAAUAUCGAUCUCUUAUCGUUCUUAAGACCAUUUUCACGUAAUCUAUGGUGGUUAGUCUUAGGUGCUUGUAUCUAUGCUGGUAUUUUGCUUUGUCUAGUAGAAAGACAAGAUAAUGAAGCAUUGCAAAAUCGAUCAAUAUUUUCUCAAAUUACAAUGAGUAUGUGGUACUCUUUUGGUAAUAUCGUUGGAUAUGGUGUCGAUUUUAAUGUCAACACAGCUGCUGGACGUUUAAUAACUGUUGGAUUAUAUGUGUUAAGCUUGAUAUUAGUAGCAUCAUAUACUGCCAAUUUAGCAUCUGAUCUAACAAUAUCAAAACCGAAAAGUAUUAUAUCUGGGAUUGAUGAUCUUAAAAGUGGAAAAAUUCCCUUUAAUCGUAUUGGUAUUUUUACUGGUACAGCUUCUGAAGAUUAUUAUUUGCGAGAAAUAUCUGAAGGAAGUCGAAAUUAUUAUCCAUUAGAAUCUCGAGAAGAAUUGUAUAAUAGUUUAUUAGCAAAUAUCAUUGAUGCAGCUUUUAUGGAUAUUGGUGUUGCUGAAUAUGAUAUAAAUAAUAUCUAUUGUGAUUUAACUUUAAUUGGAGAAGGUUUUGAUAAAAGUGUAUUUAGUAUUGUUACUUCUAAAGAAUGGUUAUAUGCACAAGAUUUAGAUGUAAAUAUUUUAUCAUUAAGAGAAUCAGAUGAAUUAGAUGAUUUAAGAAUAAAAUGGUUUCAAACAAAGAAGUGUCCUGAUUCAUCUGAAACAUCAACUGCACUAGGAAUUGAAUCGAUGGGUGGAUUAUUUUUAAUAUUUGGAGUAAUUAAUGUUUUAUCAUUAUUAUUAUUUGCAUGGUCGAAACGACAUAUUUUAAAAAAUUAUUUAUUUAUAAUAAUAUAUCGAAAGAAGUCUUCAUGCAAAAGAAAAAACUCUAUGAGAAGACAUUCGAUCAAAAACUCUGAAUGUUUACAAAUGUAUUAA